GGAUGUGGGAGCUGGUGGGCAAGGCGGCCGUGGCCCUGGUGGCGUGCAGGCUGGGCUGGUCACUCGUUAAAGGGAUAUACGGCUGCUUCCUGGCGUCCAUCCUCGCCCUCAACGUCAACCUGAAGAAGACGGGGGAGUGGGCGGUGGUGACCGGAGCAACAGAUGGGAUUGGGAAGGCAUAUGUGUUUGAGCUUGCAAGGCGCGGGUUCAAGAUCGUGUUGGUCAGCAGAACAGCUCAUAAACUCCAGAAUGUGGCAGCGGAAGUUCAGUCCAAGCACAAGACCGAGACCAAGAUAAUAGAUGUUGACUUCACCCGCACGGAUAUCUACGACAGACUGGAGGCGGAGUUGAAGGGGCUUGACAUUGGGGUGCUGGUCAACAAUGUGGGGAUGAGUUACGACCACCCGGAGUACUUCAUGCAGGUGGAGAAUUGUAAGAGAAUGUGCGAGAACUUGAUCAAUUGCAAUAUCGUGUCCCUGACGGAGAUGACUCGUAUUGUGCUGCCCGGAAUGGUGGAGCGGAAGAGGGGAUUGAUCUUGAACCUGUCCUCUCUAUCCUCGACUAUCCCUGCCCCCCUGCUGGCUGUGUAUGGGGCAACUAAGUCUUACGUCCGGAGCUUCAGCGAGAGCCUGGGCCUUGAGGUAGCGUCCAGCGGAGUGACCAUACAGUGCCUAGUGCCAGGUUUUGUGGUGUCGAACAUGUCCCGUAUUCGGCGCCCUACCCUGAUGGCACCGUCCCCUGAGGUAUAUGUCAGCACCUCCCUGAGAACAGCUGGUGUAGAGGCGCAAACAGCUGGUUACAUCAUGCAUAAGCUUCAGACUUACUUCAUCGAGCUGGCCCGGAGUUACCUACCAGGCUGCGUUCUUGAGAGCAUUGUUUUGUCGCAGCUCAAAGGGUUCCGUAAGCGCGCCCACAAGAAGAAGAACAGUGUGAAGGCUGACUAAGGUGUGUGUGUGUGUGGGAGGGAGCGAGAGAGUGUGUGUGUGUGUGAGAGAGAGAGAGGAAUAUUAGGUGAGUAAAAGUGUUUGGAAGGAAGAUUGUGUGUGUGUGUUUGUGAGAGAGAGAGAGAGAGAGAGAGAGAGAGAGAGAGAGAGAGAGAGAGAUGAAAAAAUGACAAAGAUUCCCAUGUCUGUCUGUCUGUCUUAAGUAUGUAUGUACGUAUAUAUGUGUGUGUGUGUGUGUGUGUGUGUGUGUUUCCACCAUAGUAACAAAUCCCACAAGCACAAAAUAGUUAAGUUUACCAAAAUAACUUGUGAAGAAAAACUGUAUUGCUUUUUGUCUUUUGAUAAUUCAAGAAAAAAAAAACAGAAAAGUUAUGACAGAAAUGGUGUGUGUGUGUGUGUGUGUGUGAGAGAGAGAGAGAGAGAGAGAGAGAGAGAGGUUGUAUUUUCAUGUUAUUUUAUUAUUAUUAUUAUUAUUAUUAUUAUCAUUAUUAUUUCAGUGUUUUUGUUGUUAGUGUUGUUGUUGUUGUUUUAGUGGAAGCAAUAAUUCAGGGUUAAGUUAAUUAUUUUCAUCUCAAUCUACAUAUUUUUUCCCUUUUCCUGUUUUUUCCUGUAAUCCAUUUUUUUCCCUCACGUAAUUUCUCUCUCUCUCUCUACAAUGCUUCCUUUAAUUUCCUCUUUUCAUUGUUUUUUCUUCUUUAUUUCUCCUUAGAUUCAUUUUUAUUAUGCUUUUUCAAAUUUCAAUAUCCUCUUUUCCUUUCUUCUUCUUCUUCUUCUUCUUCUUCUUCUUCUUCUUCUUCUUCUUCAUCCUCCUCUAUUUCCUUCCUUCCUUUAAUCUCUUCCACAAAUACCUGAUCAAAUUAAUAAUAAGUUUACAGCAUUAACAUUAAAUACGUGUGUGUGUGUGUGUGUGUGUGUGUGUGUGCGUGUGUGUGUGUGUGUGUGUGCGUUAACCUUAUAUAUUUUUCUAUUAUUAAUGAUUAUAAUACAUGUUAAAAAAUGGGUUUAAAAAUAAUAAUAAUAAUAGUUGUUCUUAAGACUUAGAAAAAUUGUAGUUAUUAUUAUUAUUAUUAUUAUUAUUAUUAUUAUUAUUAUUAUUAUUAUUAUUAUUAGUGAAGUUCUUUGUAUGUAAUAAAUCUUUGUUCUUAUAAUAAAAUGAGGUUAAUUAA